AUGUCAUUUCGAUUUUCCAGCGGAUCCAGGCAGGUCUGCUCCCGAGCUGGCUCUGUUAGGCUGUCAGGUGGAGGACCAGGCUUUGGAACUGAAAGCGUGUGUGGUAGGUCAGGAGCAGGAAGCAGCUUUUCUUGUACUCUCGGGGGCAUUUCUUCUGGAGCAGGCUUCAGUAACGGUGGUGGAGGGUUGGGAAGUGGGGUCUCCAUUGGGUUGCUUGGAAAUGAGCAUGGCCUCCUCUCUGGGAAUGAAAAGGUGACCAUGCAGAACCUCAAUGACCGCCUAGCGUCCUACCUGGACCAUGUGCGGGCUUUGGAGGAAGCAAAUGCAGAACUGGAGCAAAAGAUCAAUGGCUGGUAUGAGAAAUACGGGCCUGGUUCUUUCCGAGGACUUAAUCACGACUAUGGUAGAUACUUCUCAGUCAUUGAAGAUCUUAAAAGACAGAUUAUUUCUGAGACUACCUGCAAUGCCAAGAUUGUUCUACAGAAUGACAAUUCCAGACUGACCGUUGAUGACUUCAGGCAAAAGUAUGAGAACGAGCUGGCUCUGCACCAGAGUGUGGAGGCCGAUAUCAACAGUCUUCGCAGAGUGCUGGAUGAGCUGACCCUUAGCACAAGUGACCUGGAGCGCCAGUACGAAACCCUCAAUGAGGAAUUAACAUACCUCAAAAACAAUCACGAAGAGGAAAUGAAAGCCCUUCAGUGCACAGCAGGUGGAAAUGUGAACGUGGAGAUGAACGCAAUCCCAGGUGUGGACCUGACUAUUCUGCUGGACCAUAUGAGAGCUGAGUAUGAGGUCCUGGCUGAGCAGAACCGCAAAGACGUCGAGGUCUGGUUUACUGAGAAGAGCGCAUCGCUGCAACAACAGAUUUCUGACGAUGCAGGAGCAGCCACAGCAGCUAGAAAUGAGCUGACGGAACUGAAACGCAGCAUGCAAACCCUGGAAAUAGAACUUCAGUCCCUGCUGGCCAUGAAACAGUCUUACGAAUGCUCCUUGGCUGAGACGGAAGGCAAUUACUGCCUUCAACUCCAACAGAUCCAGGAUCAGAUUGGGGUGAUGGAAGAGAGGCUGCAACAGAUACGAAUGGAAAGAGAAGGCCAGAAGCUGGAGUACGAGCAGCUUCUAGACGCCAAAAUCUUUUUAGAAAAAGAAAUUGAAACAUACUGUAAUCUAAUAGAUGGGGAAGAAAGAGGAAGCAGAUCUACAUGUUAUAAAUCAAAAGGAUGCAUGCCUUUAAGUCCCAGAAAUCAAAUAAAAGACUCAGAAGAAAUUAUUGUCAAAACUGUGGUUGAAGAAUUAGAUCAACUUGGCAACGUCCUUUCAUUAAGGGUCCAUUCAGUUGAAGAGAAAUCUUCUAAAAUAAGCAACAUAACUAUGGAGCAACGAAUACCUUCUAAAACACCAUAA